GAUUGUCAAAAAUGUCAAAAUAUACUGUCCAAUAUGGCGUAACAACAUUAUUUAGUUAAUCGAACAUUGUUUGUUUAUAUUUUAAACAGCUUCAUCACUUAUUUGAUGAUACUAGCGUAACAUAAACUUUGGUAACGAUGUCUCGCGUUAAGUCCCGUCAGAAUGUCGAAAUUUGUGGCGACUGUGGUGCCCCUGAUGCGACUUGGGCUUCCAUAAAUAAAGGCAUUUUGCUUUGUACACAAUGCUGUAGCAUACAUCGCAGUCUUGGAAGACACAUUUCACAAGUGAAAUCACUUCAAAAGAGCAGUUGGAACCCUAAUCAAUUAGCUAUGGUCUGUACAUUGAAUAAUAACGGGGCUAAUAGCAUAUGGGAACAUACUCUUCUGGAAAACAACUCAAAACUGAUGAAAAAGAAACCUAAUCCCAAAGAUCUCAUCAGUAUCAAAAGCGAAUUUAUUAGGGCCAAACAUCUUCAGUGUGCUUAUACGUUUCGCGACAACGCCGCUUAUGAUGAAGGGCUUGAAAAUGAAUUGGGAAAACAGCUACACGCUAGCGUGAGAACACCAAACUUAGAAACAUCAUUCAGGCUUCUUGUACAAGGAGCCGAUCCAAAUUAUUUUCAUGAUGAAAAGGGUACUACACCUCUACAUAUAGCAGCUAAAAGUGAGCAGAAAUUACAAGUGGAACUUUUAUUAGUUUACGGCGCUGAUCCAACAUUCCCCGAUGCCCAUGGCAAAACACCAAUCGAUUAUGCAAAGAAAAAUGUCAAUAAAGAUUUGUUAAACAGAUUAAUAGAAAGCCAAUAUGAAGUGACAGAUGCGUUCAUACAGUAUUUGACUCACAAAAGGCCGGAUCACCAAAAUGGAAUACACUUUAUUUUACCACAAGGUGGCUUUGAAUCAAAUCCUAAUUCCUUAACAAAAUUGCAAAAGAUGAAAAAUGCGCUGUUUGAACAGUUGGCUAUGGACGUGUAUGACGAAAUUGAUAGACGAGAAACAGAAGCAAUUUGGUUGAGUUGCGUGGACGCUAUUGAUCUAAACGUGGUUCCCUUUCUUCCCGUGGAUUCAACAAUGUCAAAACCAAGAAAUCAAGGUCGGCAAAAAUUAGCACGUUUUUCAACUCCCGAACUAAAAAGUUUAGUGUUUGAUAUCUUAAUUGACACACAAAGACGUCAAAUGCUAGCUGAAGCAGGCCCCAAUAGAACGCAUCUUCGUGAAUAUUCGCCAGUUUCCGACGACGAUCCGCUUUAUGAUUCUGUCGCACCCGAUGAAGAUUACGCAUUGCCUCCAAUCCAAGAAAACGAAAAACCUCAAAGUCCAAGUCUCCAGAAACCCGUGGAUGUCACUGUUGAACAACUUACUAAACAAUUGAAAGAGUCAGACACCACCAUCUGUGAUUUGAAAGCAGAAGUAAAUCAAUUAAAAGCGCACCUUCAAAAUUUAAAAUGUGAAAAUAUCGAACUGAAAACGCGAUUGUCCCAGUGUAAAGUUCCAGAGACCAACAACAGUAUUAACGGCGACGAGUUUAAUUCGUUACAACCGACAAUAUUGAAUGGUGAUGUCGACUUGCGACAAAAUCGUAAAAACCAACGCCCGUCCAGUAUGUACGAGACACGCGAAGGUCUCAAAACACCAAAUUGGCAGUUAUUAAAAAAUCAACUUAAACAAAACGACCAAUUACGUAACGCCACUCAGAGUUUGUAUGGAACGGCUCAAGAUAAACAAACCGUUUUUGAAUGCACGGAAUUGAUAACAAGAAGUAUUCAACAGUUAUGUAAAAGUAUUCAAGACAGAGAUAAAGAAGAUUGUGUCGAGAGCGGAGAAAAAGUCAAGUUUGCCGUCCUCAGACUCGUCUCGAUCUUGCCGAAAGAAACAGAGGGAAAAAGUAUCAAGUUUAUGUGCGAUAUUCUACCGUAUUUGUUAGCGGAAUGUUCGUCGUUACAAACUGACCAUAAAGAGGGCGACGUGACUAAAAUUGAUCAUCAUCUUACUAAAAUAAGAGAAUUAUCAUUUUAUUUAGCUAAACACACAAAAGAAAUACUAACGAGAUAUUCAUCCACGCAUUGAUUAAUUCCAAUGUUCAGUUUUUAAUUCCUUAUUUAUUACAAAUAACUGUAGGGUAAACUAUUAAUUGUUUCUCAAAAAAAAAUUAAUACAAGUGUUACGAUGGAAUGUGCAAUUUGAAUAAUUAUUUUAAAAAAUGUUGCUCCAGAUUGUUUUAAAUGAAAUUUUAACUUAGUUGAGACUAUUUCGUAGUUAAUAGACUGAUUUUUCUGUUUAUCCAUUGAUAUGAAUUGACAUAAGGUGCUAAAAUGAAUCUUCCUACAUCACUGUUGCCAGUUUAAUGAUGUUCCACAAACGAUUAUGUCAAUAGAUUAUUUUAUUUUAUUUGUAUAAAAAGUGACUGAAAUAUUAUAUAUUUAAAGACAGUAUAUACUAAUAAGAGACGCUUUUAUAUAAUCCAAUAAAUAAUUUUAAUUAAUA